CGAUAACGAUAUUACCACAAUAUACAGUAUGCUGUAUGAUACCGUUACGAAUUAAUCUGACAAACUACAUAUGCUUGUUCAUAUUUUUGUAAACACACUGCGAGAUCAGCGGUAGGGCAGCAAUAAUUAAGUUACUGCGUAUAUAUAUCUUCACGAAAGUUUUGCUUUUUGUAAUUGACGUGAUACCGACCGCAAGAGAACACGUGCGAGUGAAAUUCCAAACAAUUAAUUGACUUCGUGAACGAAGAGGCCAUUGACCCGCGAGCAUGUCUUUUAAGGAUCUGAAAGUGGAACGCGUCGAGGGUGAGCUGGCGGCCGAAAUAGCAAAUUGGUAUCCGUAUCUCAAGCGCGGCUUCGUUAAAAUCGGUCAGAAAAAAUGGUUCUUAUCGUACAGAUAUGUCGAAGAAGGUGGCGAUUUAUACGAUUUCGAAGUUCGUCCGGACGAUACAUGGAUCGUUACCCAUCCUAGAUCAGGUACGACGGUGACGCAGGAACUCGUAUGGCUGGUGGCAAAUGACAUGAAUUUCGAUGAGGCACAUCGAAAAUAUUUAGUAGAGAGAUUUCCCCAUAUAGAAAUAGGAGCAAUAUAUGACGAUAUCACAGCGAAAGAUUGUUUUGGUAGAACCAGUAUGGAGAAAUAUAGCGUCGAAUUCGGACGAAAUCAGCCUUCGCCGCGUUUCAUUAAAAGUCAUUUACCUCUCGAACUAUUGCCGACCGUCGUAAAUAGUACUUGCAAGGUGUGUUAAUCAAAUAUUUUGUAAGUUAAAUUCACAUUUAUAUAGACGGUACAUUUAUAAGAACGAAAAAGAAUGUAAAUAUAAACGUUGA